UAUGUGCGGCUAAUCCAAAUUUCAGCCAAUCGCAGCGUUCAGACGCCAAAGUAGCCGUGAGUCUUUAGCGGAAUAAGUAGCGUGGGUUAUAGUUGCAGUAGAUAGCAGAGUACGACACAAGCUCGAGUUAAUUGUGAACUGCUGCUUCAAUAAUAAUGGGUCGCAAGGAUUCCAAUAAGCCUCGUGGACGGAUGUCCUCGUAUGCAUUCUUCGUGCAGACAUGCCGAGAAGAGCACAAGAAGAAGCAUCCUGGCGAGUCUGUUGUGUUCACUGAGUUUACCAAGAAGUGUGCUGAGAAAUGGAAGAAAAUGGAACCUAGUGACAAGAAAAGGUUUGAGUCGAUGGCUGAUAAGGAUAAGACCCGCUAUGAGAAUGAAAUGAAAACCUACCAACCCCCAAAGGGAGAGAAGACGAAAAAGAAGAGGAAGUCCAAGGACCCCAAUGCCCCCAAGAGAGCACUGUCUGCUUUCUUUUUCUUCUGUGGAGAGGAAAGACCCCAUGUCAAGGAAGACCAACCUGGGCUGUCUGUGUCGGUUGCCAAAGCAUUAGGGAAGCGAUGGGAGGUUUGCAAAGAUAAGGGCAAAUAUGAGAAAAUGGCAAAGAAGGACAAAGAACGAUAUGAAGUUGAAAUCACUGCCUACAGGAGUAAAGAUAAACCUGGUGCAUCCCCGGCAAAGAAGCCAAAGCCUGCUGUGGAGGAGGUAGAGGAGGAGGAGGAAGAAGAGGAGGAGGAGGAGGAAGAAGAGGAAGAGGAUGAUGAUGAAGACGAGGAUUGAGAACUCAUGUUGGACAUUACUCAUCAUGUCGUGAUCAUCUCAUUGACCAAUCGGUGACCUUUUUAUCCAUCAUCGUCUUGUUUACAGUUUUACCAGCCCCAUUUUUGCCAUGAACGUUUUGCUGCUGGAAUUGAUGGCCCACAAGGAGGAACUCGCGUCUUUAUUUUCCAAGAAAAUUGAGACAUAAGUCUUAGACACCUCCGUUGACUUUUACUGAUGAAGAAAUUUUAAGGUUUAACAAAUGGUUGGUGUUUAAAAUCAAAAGAAUUUUAUAGCUGUCUGCUGCAAAACAUUUUGGUGUUUUAAGUUCUGCAAUUGGAGUAAUUACAUAGUAAAUAUGUAUAUGUAGAUAGCAUUUCAGUAUGUUUUGUAAAUUGCUUCAAAAAGCAAGGUUUAUGGUGUUUAAAAUAUACUUGCUCUAAGUGGCAUGUGAAAAUAUGUGCUAUAAUCGAACAAGGAGUGCUAACUAAUUGGCCAUGAUUGAUACAUUUUAAAAGUUGUUGAGACAACAGUUUUAUUAUUUGCUCAUGUUGGUGAUAUUUAUGGUACAAGAUGGAGUUACAAAAUUAAAGACAUGUAGUUGGGAGUGCAUUUAUUAAUGCAGCUGAUAUCGACAGAAAUUGUCACUCAUGAACCUAAUACUGGACGUGCAUCAAACAUGCAUCAGCAUUUCUCAUUCGGUAAACCGAACCAUAAGUUGGAAUCACAGCCACUGUUCUCAUCUUACCGAUUUGAGUCAAUGAUUAAAUCAUCGUUUCUGUGUCAUUGUUAUCAUUUUAAAUUAAUAUAAAGUUGCCAUCCUGUUGAAGUUUCCAUAUUUGGGAACACGUCUAGAUGUUCAAUGUCAACUUGCCUACAGUGUUACUCAACAGUGCUACUUUCACGAUGUUCUCGUAGGAUGUGUUCCCUGAAGCUUGUCACAAUAGGUCUGUACAAAUGUGUCAGAGUAGCACUUGCAUCUUUUGUAACCGUAGGAAUAAAAAUAAUAAACAUUUUGAGCAAAA